UUCCUUAUGAUUUUACUUUACCUUCUAUAAAUGUCUCAUUAUAAUAAUUGAUCGUUAUUUUAUCAGCGUUUGGAAAAAACAUUAAGCUUUCAUUCGUACGUUAUAGACUUUGGCGCUAAGUAUGAAAAAGAUCAGCCUAGUUUGUCUUCUAUUUAUUUGCUGUCUGGUGAAAAGUCAUCUUGCCGUAAUUGAUGCUUCAUCAUCAGUGGAUGAGUCGUAUUUUUAUAGAGAAAAGCGAGCGGCUGAACCUGAAACUAAGGUUGAAGGUGAACCAGAAACUAAAGUUGAAGGCGAACCAGAAACUAAAGUUGAAGGCGAACCAGAAACCAAAGUUGAAACAGAGCCAGAAAAAGAGACAAAACCCGAAUCAGAGACCGAAAGCGAAACAAAACCAGAGAACAAACCAGAAUCUGAGGUAGAAAGUGAAACUAAACCAGAAACUACUGCUAAACCAGAGACAAAUGCUGAAGGAACUGUCUCUCCAGAGGCGGAACCAGAACAGAGACCUUCGAUGUGGGAAAUUAUUUUGCCACCUUUCAUUCUUCUAGUUCUGAUUGUUUUAGGUCUUACUGGCCUUUCUAUAUCGUCCCAAAGGCAUGUUGUUCGAGCAAAACUACGUAAAAUAUUUGGCUUUUGCCUUAGAACUUCUUUCUUACCUGCUUGGAAAAAUUUUAGUGGUUUGAAAACUAUCCGAAAAAUUAAUGUUUCACCAACAGAAUCCACAAGUACUUUUGAAACUUCGAUAUUAUCCAGUCCAGAUUCUUUAAAAAGAAAUCAAGCAGAAGAUGUUAUACCUGAGGAGGAAGAGGAUAAAACUUUUCUUUCCUCUUUUGACUUGGAAGUAAUUCGAUCAAUGAAUUCUUAUCACAACCGACCUAAGGAGUUGUUUCGAAUUUCCUUCCCAGCCCUUAUCUCUUUGUCAUUAUGUCCGUUUACUUUAUAUUUAUAUCAACCGUUAAUAGAUAUUUUCUGGCCAAAAUCAUCUUUUGCAACUCCUCCAGAUAUCAACGAAGCUAUUGCUUGCUUUCUUGCCCCGGCUGGCUUAGUUUACGCGACAUCAUUUGGCUUCGCUUUCCAACAAGCUUUAGGAAAACAGGGGGAAGUUCUCCGAAAAAUAACCUACGAAUUAGGCUUAAUAGAUCAAAUUGCAACUCUUGCCUCAAAAAUUCAUCUUCCUAACAUUCAAGAUCGUAUGGCAAUCUAUAGGGCGAUUAAAGCGGAGGCGAUCUUCAUGAUCCUACAAAUCGAAGAUAGAGAACCGGAGAGUUUUCAGAACAAAUCAAGAAUCGAUGUAAAAACCGAAAUAUGGAAUGUUUUAGAUAUUCUAAGAAGAAUACAAUCGGACUCAAAAGAAAUAUUUAGUAUCGAUAGAAUUAUAGUCGAUAAAAUCAUUUCUCAUAUACUACACUUGAAUAGCAUAUGUAGCGAUAGGAUGGGACUACUUCACGCAAGAAUACAUCCGCUAAAAUGGGCAUUUCUGGAAACACUUGGAUUUUUCUCCUUCUUUGGAAUUCUUCUCUUGACAGCACAAUCAUACAGAAUGGAAUUAAUUAUGUGUAUCAUUACCGUAUUUUCUAUUUCGUUACUAUGUUAUGUAGUAUCAGAUUUAGAUUCGCCUUUCUCCGGAUUUUUUCGCAUUGAUCUCUCUGUUCUACCCGACGCCAUCACAAGAAUUGAAAAGAUGUUUUAUAUAGCUUCGUCAUUCGGCUUAAAUAUCACAGCCAAGUAUCCAACAGUAAAGAAAAUGUUUUAGAUUUAAACUACAAAACUUUUGAAAUGUUAAUGUAAAAGUAAAUACAAUAAUACAGCGUUCAGUACAAAAUGAAUUAAUAUAAUAAUCACCUUAAUUACUACUUGAAGGGAAAACAAAGAAACAACUCUUAAACAAUAAACUAUUUGCACAUUUUGAGCACAAGCACUUUUAACCCCUCCUCUUUCUCACUAUGUUCUACUUGAUUUAUCUACUUUACCUAAUAAAUUAUUAUUGUAUAAAAUACAUAAAUAAAAGCUAUUGACCAGACUAAAAAAGGAAAAAUA